AUGUCAGGGAUGAGAGAUGCAAGGGAGGACCAGCUGGAUAUGAGUGUGCACAUGGGGAUAUCAAAGGGGGUGUUAGAAGAAGAAGAAAGAAAGAAACCGAGCCGAGUACUAGGACAGACAAAAGAAAAGAGAGGAAGAGGAAGAAGGGGUGGAGAGGGAGCUGGGAUGGAGAGAAGGGGGAAAGGGGGAAGGGGAAGACGAUACCUUGCGCAGUUGACAAAGGAAAAAGGAGAUGAAAAGGAGACAACCGACCAGACCAGACCGAUUUACGCAGUUGAAGGAAGGAAAAGAAAAGAACUUCAGGGGGUAUGA